CCGAGACAGCCCCCGGUUGAAUUCGUCGACUGCAUUGUCGACUCGAACUCGCCUCGGACGGACAGCUAUGAACUCGGACAGCAGGCCCGUGCUCGGACAUUCCUCGAGCCACACGCCCAUGAGCUCGGACGGAUCGGAGCCCACAGCGGUGCUCGGGGCUCCGAUGUCGCGCAACGACCUCGACCGCAGUCGCGCGCGCCAUGACCACAGCGGACUCCUGUCACCCGGAGCGUCCUUCAGUAACUUGGACACAGUCAAGGGGCCGGCGCCGCACGCCUUCAGCAACAACAAGGUGCCGGUCAAGCCCAAAAUCGCGCUCUUCGACCAGAACUCGGAGCUCUCGACCGAGGGGUUCACCCAACGCGCGGCACUGCAGACGUGCUCCAUCAGUUGGCAGCACAUUUCGUACUUCAUUCAGCCCAAGGAGAAGAAGCUCGGGAGCAAGAGCAGCAAGCGAGGAUCGGGUCCUUCGGCGUUGGAGGCGCAGUUCGAGCGCCAACAGCCUCGCAAGAUCCUCAACAAUGUUUGGGGACGAUCAGGCCCCGGUGAGCUGACGGCCAUUCUCGGUCCUUCCGGUGCCGGUAAGACCACGCUGCUGGAUAUGCUGGCCGAUCGAGUGCCGUCGGGAGGCUCGGGCGUGCACCUCGAAGGUCUGGUUGAAGUGAACGGCCAGCCUCGCGACCUGCGCACGUUCCACAACAUCAUGAACUACGUGUCGGAAGAUAUGGCGUUCCUGGGAGCGUUCACGGUCUUGGAGACGCUUCAGAUCGGUGCCGGUCUGAGUCUGCCUGGCCACAUGCCGCCCGUGCAGCGCGAGGCUCGAGUUCAAGACGUGAUCGACGCCAUGGGACUGCGCUCGUGCGCCAACGCGCGUGUAGGUGACGUGUUCCACAAGGGCAUUUCGUCAGGCCAACGCAAGCGUCUGGGUAUCGCUCUGGAGCUGCUGUCGGACCCCGCUCUGUUGCUGCUGGAUGAACCGACUUCGGGUCUGGAUUCGUCCUCUGCUCGCGGUGUCAUGCAGUACAUUGAGCGGUUGUGCCAGGAAGGAGGCAAGAACGUCGUGUGCACGAUCCACCAGCCGUCGUCGUCCAUCUACGGCAUGCUGACCAACCUCGUCAUCCUCAGUGGCGGUGAACUCGUCUACAGCGGCCCCACGAACGCUGCCAUCGCCCACUUCUUCUCCAUGGGCUACGUGUGCCCCAUGUAUACGAACCCCGCGGAGUAUUUUGUCCACUUGGUCAACACCAACUUCCACGAAGGCCUCAAGCUGGAGCCGUUCACGCGGGCGCUCAAGGAAAGUGCCGAGCCGCAGCGUCUCAGGGCCGACGUUGUGCGCGACCGAGCUCGUCGGGAAAACCUGACCAACCCGGAACUGCUGAAGGCCAUGCGGCCGUGGCCCAUGGACCAGUUCUUCGUGCUUGUCAAGCGUAACAUGACCAACAACUGGAGACACCCGGGAGUCUUCUGGCUGCGUGUGCUCAUGUACGUGCUGCUGUCGCUCAUGGUCGGUACCAUGUACCUGAGCUCCAACAACAUCAAGGACGUAUCGAUGGUGCCGCUGCUCUUCUACGUGCAAGCUUUCCUGGUGUUCAUGUCCGUUGCGGCGCUGCCUGCUCUGCUGGAACACCGCGCCGUCAUGGAGCGCGAGAUGCGGUCGUACGCCUUGUCGCUCACGGGCUACACGAUGUCCAACCUCUUGGCUGCGCUGCCGGGUAUUCUCCUCAUCUCCGUGUUGGCGUCCGCUAUCGUCGUGUUCCUGGCCAACGUCAACUCGUUCCCGACUUUCUUGCUGAACUUGACGCUGUCGCUGAUUGCUGCCGAGUCGCUGAUGCACUUGCUGGGUGCUGCCGUGCCCCACUACAUUAUGGGCAUCGCGCUAGGCGCCGGUCUCUUCGGUAUGUUCAUGCUGUGUGAAGGCUUCAUGGUGCCGUUCUCCGACAUGCCCGUCUACUGGAAGUGGGGCUACUACCUCGCCUUCCACACGUACUCGUUCGAGUCGUUCAUGUACGAGCACUUCUCGCAAGUGAAUACGGAGGAGGCGUGGGAUCUACUGAAGAGCUACGGCAUGGAGAACGUCAACUUCACCCAGGACAUGAUCAUCCUGGCGUGCUACUCGGUGGUGCUGCAGAUUCUUGUCAUCGGUGUGCUGUGGCUACGUUUCAACCGGCACCGUCGCCGCUAA